AUGAUCCCAGAUGCCACACCCCUGUCAAAGGAGAGCUUUGCUCGGCGCUGUGACGUUUCCUGUGAGUUCCGUGCAAGAGCUUGUAUGCCAACUUACGUGGAGAUGGUAUUGAUCGGGUGCAAUAGGGCCAUGCCGCACUUCGUGCGACGAGGAUUACAGUGCAAUGUGAGGUGGCCAUGUAAAGGGUAUGACGCCGACUUUCUGACCAGUGCAUGCCCCCUAAUGUGGACAUUAAGCGGUAACGAACUGAAACUUUCUUGCUCCAGUGUUCAUGAAAAGCUAACAUGCACCGGUAUUGCAGUUGACGGAAAAGCAUGUGAAGCCCCGCCGACUUAUUCUGGACCCUGCGAUGCAAUUCUGCGCAUUGGCGAAGCGUCAAAUGCAGAAAAGGCUCGGCUUGCCGCCGCAUGUGAACUGGAAUGGCCAGUUAACUUUGUAUCCCAUUAUGCUUUCAACGAACCUUGUCCUUUGGGGUGGACUCUUGUAACUUCUCCUAAUCAGAAUGUAGAAUGCCACGCGCCGGAUGAAUAUUUUGGACACUGCUCAAAAGUGCAUAACUUUUCCAUGUUCACCAAUGAAGAGAAAUACGAAUUUAUGAUGAAGUGUUCAGCAACUUGGCCAAUGAAAGACAUCACCGAGCGAAAUUAUGAGGCUGCAUGUCCCUCUCUUUGGCAUCUUGAGUCCCAGGAAACAGGAAUAUGCACUGCGCCGUCGACGUAUACCGGCCCGUGCCAAACGCGUGUCGAUUUCCGGAGCUUCGACGCGGAUAUAAAACGAGCUUUCGAGGGACGGUGCAGAGCAUUUUUCCCUAUUUCGGCAUUCGCUACGCUCCCGAAACUCCAGCCAGUUCUUAAGGCGCUGAACCCAGAUGCACAAGGGCCUAUCGGGCCUGCAGAAACUAAGUAUCAUGGACAGGUUGUGGACGCGAACGGCACUGUCUACUUGCAAUCAAAAGGCAGCACCACGUCGAACGCCGGCGCGCCGCAAGCCCCCCCGAAGACUCCCGACCUUACGGCAUCCCGUGCAGCCGCAACAGCUAGCCACAUAAAUAAACUACGAGCACUGAAGGAGGCGGCUACGGACCAGCACUUGCAAUCCAUUAUAAUGGUACGCCUCUUCUCAGAGAUAAACCGUACUGCACCUAUUAACUUGGGCGUAGGACACUAUUCAAGAAGUGUCAGCCCAUGGCGGCUCGACCGAACUCUAGCGCCGGUAGAAAAAGCAGGAAGACUCCAAGACGAAGCAUCGGUGCACGGGGUAGCAAAGAGACGCAAAACCAGUAAAACACAAACCAGCAAAACUGCGGCUGCCGAUACUGGUGUGUUGUAA